AUGGAUGCAUGCUCAGAGUCUCGGCAGAGGAAAGAUGGCGCCUUCCACUUCCCUGUGUUCCACAGGAAGCACCCCAAGCGUAUCAGACGCAGGCACCGUGAUUGGGAACGACAAGAUCCAUCAAGGCAAGUACUUCAUGGCCAUCAGGCUGGGCACCCCUGCCGUCUUCAACCUCGUCACCAUCGACAGUGCCACGAGCAGGCGCCCGAAGCUGGCCCCAAGCUGGACCCUCACCGCUCCGCCACGUACCGUCACGUCGGCUGCUCCGACGAGGACUGCCUCGACAUCCAGGCCGACAACGGCGUCCCCUACGGCUGCGUCGACGAGACGGACACCUGCCUCUACGGCCUGCGCUACGGGUCGCAGUACUCGGCGGGGAAGCUCGGGAGGGACAGGCUCGCCCUGGGCGACAACUACACCAUCGUCGACGACUUCGUCUUCGGGUGCAGCGAGGACGACAUGUUCUACGGCCUCGAGGCGGGCGUCAUCGGCCUCGGCGACAAGCGUUACUCCUUCAACCAGAUGGCACGGCUGACGACCUACAACGCCUUCGCCUACUGCUUUCCCGGCGACCACCGCGCCGAGGGGUUUCUCAUCGUCGGGCCGUACCCGCAGAAGCUGGAGCUCGUCACGACAUUGAUCAGGGUUUUUUAUGCUCUCGCCGAGGCGAUAGCGUCGGCGAUGCAAGAUAAGGCGUAUUACCGUGAGUACGGUCGGAAGGUCUGCUUCAGGCCUGCCGGCGGCGAGCCGGUGAACUGGAGGAGCUUGCCGACGGUGCAGAUGCAGCUCCUAAGGGCUACGCUGGAACUGCCGCCGGAGAAUGUGUUCCAUCAGCAGUCAACUGAUCGCAUAUGUUUGGCGUUCCAGUCGAAUGACGCUGCUGGCGUGCCGGAUGUUCAGAUUCUAGGGAACAAAGCCCUGAGAUCUUUCAGGGUUGUCUAUGAUCUGCAGAAGAUGACCUUUGGCUUCCAAGCCCGGGCGUGUUGA